UCUCACUUUCAUACUUUUCCUUCUCCUUGGAUUAUAUUCCCUUUAAUAACACCUUCCCAGCUCCUUCAUGCUAAGUCAGUCUCAAGGAAACCCAUAAGAAAAGACUAAAUUGUAUGUAUAAAAUCAACUUUGAAUUGAUUGAAGCUCCCUGUCUCUGCUACCAAGAAGCUAAACACUAGAAUCCAGAAGUGAAUUUUCAGUUGAAGCAUUCAUUUCUUUUGUUUCCUUUUGGAUGUUUGUCUUUCUCUCACACAACAAAACCUGCCAUUAGACCCCCAACAUGAAGACUUCAAAGACUUUUCAUUAAGUUCUAAAUUCGCCCCUCCUCCCCUCCUUCAAUAUCUUACCUCAGCUCAAGUCCUAAACUAAAAUAGGUAUUUCUUUCCUUCUCUAGUAUUAAACUGCAUCUAUUUCUUCUCUCUCCCUUUGAUCUGCAAAUCAAACCCAAUAGCACCCACACCCCAGCCAGUAGAAGCUUCUCUCUCUCUCUAAAUGGAAAUGGUAUCUUGGUGAGGGGCGUGGGGAGCCUGAGGCUUGUGGCGUAUUAAUGGGUAAUUGCUUGUUUGGAGGGAACCCAUCCAUUUAUACAGUAUCUUCCAAUGCAAAGUUAGAAUCUCCAAAAGUCCAGAGUCCAGUAAAAGAAGAAGGGAAGGAGGAGAGCAAAUUGCCCUCAAAUCCUAAGGAAGUCGAGGACUUGCGGCGUGACGGAGCUGCAAACCCACUGAUAGCAUUUACUCUCAAUGAACUUAAGAUCAUCACAGGGAAUUUCAGGCAGGACCAUGUUCUUGGUGGAGGGGGGUUUGGAAGUGUUUAUAAAGGAUUUAUAACUGAAGAUCUUAGGGAAGAUCUUCAUCCUCUUCACGUAGCUGUGAAGGUCCAUGAUGGUGAUAACAGUUUUCAGGGUCACCGAGAAUGGCUGACUGAGGUUAUAUUCCUCGGGCAACUUUCUCAUCCGAAUUUGGUGAAAUUGGUUGGAUACUGCUGCGAAGGCGAGCACCGGAUGCUAAUAUACGAGUUCAUGGCUCGUGGCAGUGUCGAAGACAGUCUCUUUUCAAGAGGAUUGCAUCCCCUUCCUUGGUCUAUCAGAAUGAGAAUUGCAAUUGGUGCUGCAAAAGGGCUUGCUUUUCUGCAUGAAGCUGAAAAACCUGUCAUAUAUCGUGAUUUUAAAACAUCUAAUAUAUUGCUAGACCAGGAGUACAAUGCCAAGCUUUCUGAUUUCGGGCUUGCAAAAGAUGGACCAGUUGGUGAUAAAUCCCAUGUUUCUACUCGAAUUAUGGGUACUAAUGGUUAUGCAGCUCCCGAGUAUAUUAUGACAGGGCAUUUGACUGCAAUGAGUGAUGUUUACAGCUAUGGUGUGGUCCUGCUUGAGCUCCUCACUGGAAGGAAAUCCGUGGACAAGUUCCUCCUUGCCCGAGGAGAGACCCUCACUGACUGGGCCUUCCCACUGCUUCCCCAGAAGAAGAAAGUCCUCAGCAUUGUAGACCCCAGGUUGAAUGGAGACUACCCUGUCAAGGCUGUGCAUAAGGUAGCCAUGCUGGCCUACCACUGUCUGAACCGUAACCCGAAGGCAAGGCCUCUAAUGAGAGACAUUGUCGACUGCUUGGAACCUCUUCAGGUACCCAUGGAGACUCCAAAUACUGGUAGCAACUGAGCUCCAGCUGUGGAAUGGACUAGGACUAAACUAUAGUGUAUGGUUGAAGUAGUUUGUGCUUUUGGGGGAUCUUUUCUUAAUGUUUCACACUAGGACAUGGGUUUUUCUCAGGAUAGCCUGACAUUACCAAUGGUGGUUUCUGCCUUUAGAUGGGUUUGAAUGAUUUUACUUGGAGUUGUAAGUAGUUAGGUGGAAGUAUUGAACAAGGUUGACGAUCAUCUAUGUUAGCAAUUUGGUAGUUCAGGAAAUUUUGAAACAGUUUCAUUCUUGUUCUUUGUGGAAGACUGGGGAAAGAGUGGUGUCAGCUGCCCAAGUUCUUAUUUUCAAACAGAAAUUUCAGAUCA